AUGACCGUGCCUACCUGGGAAGAGAAAGCUGCCGCUAAACGGGCCGAAGCGGAUGCUAAAAUUCCCUCCGAAUGGCGAUUACCAGCAGAGAUUCUGGAGCAACUCAAGAACAAUGACCAAUGUGUCCUGGAUGUGCCCUCAAAGUGCGGCCUUCUCAGCGAUGCGGAGCUUGCAAUCACAGAGAUACAAGACGCAACGGCCCUACGAGACAAGCUCGCAGCACAGGAACUCAGUGCUGUCGAGGUCGCGGCUGCGUUCUGCAAGAGAGCCGCCAUUGCGCAGCAGCUGACGUUCUGCCUCACGGAAACUAUGUUCCCCCAGGCUCUGGCCAGAGCGAAACAGCUGGACGAGCACUUGAAGGCUACUGGAAAGCCUGUUGGGCCGCUGCAUGGCAUUCCCAUCAGUCUGAAGGAAACAUUUAACAUCGAAGGGAUUCAUUCUUCUCUAGGAUUUGUUUCCUUCUUGGAUCACCCACCAGCCAGCCAAAACUCUGCCCUCGUGGAGAUACUUCUUGCAGCAGGUGCGGUGCUAUACGUCAAAACCAACGUACCGCAAACCAUGAUGACUGCAGACUCGCAUAACAACGUGUUCGGCCGCGUCUUGAACCCCCAUCGUGGCAACCUCACAGCUGGUGGUAGCAGUGGUGGUGAGGGCGCCCUGGUGGCUAUGCGUGGAUCAAUCUUGGGUAUCGGCACCGAUAUUGCAGGGUCGAUCCGGAUCCCAGCCUUAUGCUGCGGCACUGUUGGUUUCAAGCCGAGCGUCGGUCGCGUGCCGUACGGCGGCCAAAAGAGUGCUGCCCGUCCAGGAAUGGCUGGCAUUGCCCCAGUGGCAGGCCCCCUAUGCCACUCUGUUCGUGAUGCAGAUAUGCUGCUCCGUGUGGUAUUUGAUGCACCAUCCGAUGAUAUGGACGAUACGGCCCUAGCUUUCCCUUGGAUCGAGCCUACCAACUCCUUGCCACAGAGGCUCACCAUCGGCAUUCUUCCAGAAGAUCCUCAGGCACCACUGCAUCCCAACAUGCAGCGAACUCUGGUGGAAGCCGCUAAAAAGCUGUCCAACGCUGGUCAUUGUAUAGUAGAUUUAUCGGACCAAAUUUCGUUCGUAGGAUCAGCCUCGGAUUUGUCGUUCAAGUUCUUUCGCGUCGACCCGGAUCAGACGCAGCUGCAACAUAUCCGCAAUGGCGGCGAGCCACCUAUCCCAUCCCUUCAAUUCACGUAUGAUCUGGAAGGGAAGGGGCCUGAGCCGACUCUUCGAGAUUUUUUCGGCCUCAAUGCAGUCAAAGCAGAGAUCGCUGCCAAAAUGCGCCGUGUUUACCUCGACAAUAAGCUUGAUUUAAUCCUCGGUGCUGGAUAUCAGAGCACGGCUGUCCCUCAUGACACGUAUGGCGUUCCGAUGUAUACCGUCAUUGCCAACCUGGUCGAUUACCCUGCCUGUGUCAUUCCUUUUGGCCGGUCAAAUGAGGCCGCCGACGCGGAGUUUGUCCGUACCGUGAACUAUAUCCCACCUUAUUUUCCGAGGGAAGUCGAGAAUGCACCAGGCCACGUGCAACUCAUCGGCCGUCGCCAGAAAGAUGAAGUGCUGAUCCAGCAUGCAAAGAUUGUGGAAGCCAUACUGGCUAAAUGA